AUGGUUCUGAAAUUCGCAUUUCACAUAACCAUGAUGAUAACCUUAUGGCCCAUACAUCUACAGGCAUCUGCGCAGGAUUCAACCAUAACAAAAGAUGGGUGUGACCCGACAUGUGGAGGUGUUGAAAUCCCUUACCCGUUUGGAAUCAAAUACCCCAAAUGCUACGUAGACACGUGGUUUGAAAUAGAAUGCAGAAACACCAGUUCCGGAGAUGAGAGACCUUACAUCAAGUCUAUAGAUAUGGAGGUGACAGCCAUUGAUGUCUCUAACAGCAGGGCUGUGAUAAAGAAUCCAAUUUAUAGUAAGAAUUGCGGAAAAGAAAAAGGUUUGGCAGUCAAAAACCUGGGAGAAGGCGCUUUCGUGUAUUCCCAGGAUUACAACAAAUUUAUGGCCGCAGGUUGCAAUAACAUUGUUGUUUUGCAUUCAGAAGGGUCAGAAGUGAGUGGUUGUGCAUCCAUCUGUGAAGACAACAAAGAUGAUGUUUUUGACAUCUUCCUUGAAAGCGUUGAAUGCCACGGCAAAUACUGUUGCGAGAGUACCCUGCCUUCUUAUCUUUCAGUGUUUAACGCAACAAUUGAAGGUUUGGGUAAGAGCAAUGAGUGCGGUUACGCAUUGAUUGUACAAGAUUUUCACAAAGGGGAUGCGUUUCUUUAUAACUACAGUGAGAGUGAACUAAAGCAUUUGAAUGAAGUUCCUGCGGUUCUUGAGUGGGAGAUUCCGUACAUUUCCAUCUCGGAACUCAUUUUAGAUACAGAUAUAAAUGCUGAUUGUUCGACCACUAAUAUUACCUCUACGCAGCACACAUAUUCAGGUAUGAGAUGUGAGUGCUUUUAUGGCUACCAUGGCAAUCCCUACAUUGUUGGAGGCUGUAAAGCUGUGGUUUCGUUCGCCCCUAGCGUAAUGAAAGGUCACCCAAAUUGGAUUAUAAUAGGGGUUUCUUUAAGCUUCGGAUCCAUCAGUUUAUUCCUUGGUCUAUGGAAAUUAUAUAAAGUUGGGAGAAAAAAGAUGAUAAAGAAACGAAGAGAAAAGUUCUUCAAACAAAAUGGAGGAUUAUUAUUAAAACAAAGAUUGUCUUCUGAUGAAGUUACCGUCGACAAAGUCAAACUUUUCAAGUUAAAGGAUAUAGAGAAGGCCACUGACCAAUUUAAUAUGAACAGGGUAAUUGGCAAAGGAGGCCAAGGUACUGUUUAUAAGGGCAUGCUAAUAGAUGGAAAAAUUGUUGCAGUGAAAAAGCUUAAAGUCAAAGGAAAAGUUGAAGAAUUCAUCAACGAAUUUUCCAUUCUUUCACAAAUUAACCAUAGAAAUGUGGUUAAGUUGUUAGGAUGUUGUUUGGAAACUAAAAUUCCUUUGCUUGUUUAUGAGUUCAUUCCAAAUGGUAACCUUUUCGAGUAUUUACAUGAUCAACAAAAUGAGCCAAUGACAUGGGAUAUGCGUUUAAGAAUUGCCACUGAAGUUGCUGGAGCUCUAUUUUACUUGCACUCAGCUGCUUCUCAACCCAUAUAUCAUAGAGACAUCAAAUCAACAAAUAUACUGUUGGAUGAAAAGUACAGGGCAAAAGUUGCUGACUUUGGUACAUCAAGAAUGGUUUCUGUUGAAGCUACCCACCUCACUACAGCAGUUCAAGGUACUUUCGGAUACUUAGAUCCUGAAUAUUUUCGUACUAGUCAAUUUACAGAUAAAAGUGAUGUUUAUAGCUUUGGAGUAGUUCUUGUUGAACUUUUAACAAGGCAAAAGCCAAUAUCCUACUUGGGACCUGAGGAAGCUAGAGGUUUAGCUUCAUAUUUCACUCUUUGUAUAGAAGAAAAUCGUUUGUUUGAUAUUAUUGAUGAAAGAGUUAGGAAGGAAGGGAAGAAAGAACAUAUCCUUACAGUUGUCGCUGUAGCUAGUAGAUGUUUAGAGGUUAAUGGAAGAAAACGACCAACAAUGAAAGAAGUCACAUUGGAAUUAGAAAGUGUUCGAAAAUUAGAAAAGAUGUCUAGUGCACAAGAAAAUCAGGAAGAAUACGAGUUUGGUGAAAUUGAAUACUCCCAAGCAUGGAUUGCAUCUUCUCCUACCUCCAAUACAGGAUCAACUCUAGAAUGCAAAACAUCGACCUCAGAAGUUAUGCCUAUUUUUAUCGAAUGA